AUGAAGGCGUAUAAAGGCAGAGGUGGGUCUUCCCCCAGGACUCAGUCUGGGUCAGCCCUGGCAGCUUUUGGCUGCCACAUGGAAGAUCACGCACAGCACGUCCAGCCCAUCCCUCUCCCAGCCAUGCAGCAGAACCUGAACUACCUGUACCCUCAGAUCUUCUGGGUGGAUGGCUGUACCAAUCCCAGCACUUCCUGUCCUCCAACACCCCCCGUUGCCCCCUUCCCACCACCAGUACCUGAUCGGAGGACAAAGCCAAGGGGCAAUAGGGAAGGGAAGAACGUCGGCUUCCUGGUGGUCUCCUUGCUGAUCCUGCUGUCUCUCACUGGAGUUGGACUGAGCAUGUUUCAGAUUUUUCGCCUGGAGAAGGAACUGGCUGAACUCAGAGAGUCUGCCAGCACUGAACGCAUCCCUCCAGCUCUGGAAAAGCUCAUAGGGGAGAAGAGCGCGUCAGCGAAAAAGGAAGAGAGGAAGGCAGCACACUUAACAGGGAACCCGACGCAGCAGGACCUCCCUUUGGAGUGGGAACCGAUCUCUGGGCAUGCCUUCACCGCCGGCAUUCAGUACCGCAAUCGGGGCUUGGUGAUCAAUGAAACUGGCCUCUACUUCGUAUACUCCAACGUCCUCUCCCGAGAAAGCACCUGCAACAGCCAGGUGUUAACCCACAUUGUCUACAAGAAAAACCCAACCUCCCCGGGCAGCCAGGUGUUGAUGGAGGACAAAAAGAUCAAUUACUGCGCAAAUCAGAAGAUGUGGGCCCGGAAAAGCUACCUGGGGGCUCUGUUCAAGCUCAGAGAAAUGGACAGUCUGCACGUCAAUGUUUCCAAAAUCACUCUGGUUAAUUUUGAGGAAUCCAAGACAUUUUUUGGCUUAUUUAAGCUCUAA